AUGCAUUCCCCAUCUACCCUUCUUUUCCUCCUUACAGCUCUCACAGCAACAACAACAUCUGCCCUCUCCCUAACCUUCUACGAAAAAGCAGACGUAACAGCCCCCGAGACCGGCGAGCCCAAAAAAACCGGCAUCUUCCACACCUGCGCGGGCAAGACCCAUAAACCAGGGUCUCUCUCUCCAUCGUCCGGAUGUCAAAAACUCAAGGAUGACUACUGGGGGCUGAUGAUCGAGUGGGAGAAAGCCGAGGACAACGGUCUGACCGUUGAGACUUUCAAAGGGAAGAAUUGCUGCGCGGGGAGUCCGGGGGAUUGGUAUGCGUGGAGCGAUGGUUGCGCCUCGAUACCUUUGAACGUAUGUACCCUUUCUCGUUCAUUCAUCUCGAUUACUUCUUUCCCUAUAUAGCAUACGCAUGGAAUUCCCUACCUUCUUUUGUUAUGUCUUGGUUUGGUACAUAUAGGUGAUCCUCGUGACACACUAUUGUACUGUGACCCAGACACCCUUUGCUCAUGCCAUGCUCAUGCCCAAUACGCAUUUGAUCGCCCCGCUGACCCUUUUGCGACUUAAAGCAAGGACUU